AAUAUAGAAUGAAGAAUGGUACCACUCCUUGAAGCCUGGGACGGCGGUACGGUCACGCGAAGCUUGUCGUACGGUACGUUAAGUGUAAAUCUGCCGGUAACAUCCAAUUCUCAGUUUAUCAUGGCCUUGAAAAUAAAAGUUGUAUACUGUGGUGCCUGAGGGUACAAACCAAAAUUCAUAAAAUUGAAGAAUGAGCUGGAACAAAAAUUCCCUGGCCAACUUCAAUUUGAAGGUGAAGGAACACCUAAUGUCACUGGGUACUUUGAAGUAUUAAUUGCUGACACUGGAAAAGUACUUCAUUCCAAGAAGAAUGGAGAUGGGUAUGUAGACAGCAGUGCAAAAAUGGAAAAGAUUGUUAUGGGCAUCCAAGAAGCCCUUAGCAAAGGGUAGAAAUUUUUUGCAAAGGAAGACUUUGUCAAUAGAAAAUACCUUUUAUGAUGGAUGUGGCAGAAAAGCUGACUUAGUCAGUUUUGCUUGUAUCUUGAUAAAACAAGGGAUAAUAUUUGACUGAAAGUCUCAUUAAAUUUGUUGUUGUAAUGAUUUCCUGUUACUUAGAAGUAGUUUUUUAUAUCUUGCUUUAACACAAAA